AUGACAAGCGAUGGCGGGAACAACGACGCCAAUGUGGAUUGGACCGCCCUCCUGAAGUGGUCGCUGGCGCAGCAACAGGGGUUCGACGCCGACGCGAUGCCGCGACGAGAGCUCACGAAUGAUGACAUGAAGUUCUUCUAUAAUGCGGUGGCGGCGUCGAACGCGGGUGGGAAGAGCGACGCGGUUAUGAUUCUGGAGAGCGUUGAGAGCACGCGGGACGGCGGCACGGACGAAGAGGCUGCAGUGGCGUUGGAGGAUUUGAUCGAUCGGUGCGAGCAGACGGAGAACGCGGGGAACAUGCUGUCAGCGGGUGGGGCGGAGGCGCUCACCGCUAUGUUGAGAGCAGGCAGGGGGGAGAUUAGGAAGUUAGCGGCGAGGGCGCUGGCGACGGUGACACAGAACCAUCCAGAAGCACAGGCGCGCGCGGCAAACGCGGGAGCGGUGGAGGCGCUUUUGGACGUCGUGCGGAUCGAUAACGACGACGGUUUGCGAGGUGCGUCGCUGUGGGCGCUGAGCUGUUUGAUUCGCGAUUGUGUCGGGGCGGCGAAGGCAUUCGAGGCGGCUGGCGGCGUCGAGGUGUGUACUCAGUUCAUCUCGAUGCCGACGCUGAACGAUCGCAUACGGGCCAAGGCACUUCACCUGGGACGUCACGCGUUCGUACAGAGCGAGGAAAACAUGUCAGAUGCAGUCGAGCACGGUGCCAUCAAGAGCGCGUCGGAGUGCGUACGCUCGGAAGACGUAAACGUGAGAGAGGCUGCGGCAACGCUUCUCCUUCUCAUUGCUCAGUGCGUGGACUUUACCAAGAAUCCAAAGGCUGUGGACCAGUUUCGUAGCGCCAAGGCACACGUUGCAAAGGCAUUGUCCAACAUGCAAUUUACCACGGGUCCAGACGCCGAGUCUAACGAGCCUACUCGGCAAGCGCUCGAGCAGUUGAUAGCCAUGCUCACCGAGUGA